GAUUCAAUGAGAAACCGCUGAGAGAGUGUGAGAGGGAGAGGAAUUUUGCAGCGUGGCGGCGAUGAUGCUGUUUGUGCGGGCGCGGCCGGGGAAGAUGUUGCUGCUGCUGCUUUUGCCGCCGCCGGUAUUAUUUCUUCGGGUGAUCUAAAGGCUCAACCAGUCGUCCGUUCCUCCUGAUACCUUGUGGUAGCGACAGCGGUGGCGAUGGCAGAGCGAGGAGCCGAGAGCCUGGCGGUGGCAGCUUCAGCUUCAGCGACACGGGCAGCAGCAGCAGCAGCCGAGCCGCAGGAGCUGUCGCUGGAGCAGAUCCUCCGGCUGUACAACCAGCCGCUGAACGAGGAGCAGGCGUGGGCCGUGUGUUACCAGUGUUGCCGAGCUCUCCGCCGCUGCCGGAGCCCAAGCCGCAGCCUGGCCGCUGACGGGCACCUACCCUGGAGCAGGCUGUGCGGGGCUGGCGCCGUCCUCUUGCACCGGGACGGCAACAUCAGCAUCCGAGGCGACUCAGGUAAAGGAGAAUCCAUGGGGUGUACAGAAUUAGAGGUGAUCGAAUCGGUGGGGAUCCUUGUUUACAAAGCCUUGGACUGGGGCCUGAAGGACAAUGAGGAACGGGAGCUCAGUCCACCGCUGGAGCACUUGAUAGACCGCAUGACAAAUAUCCUAGACGAGGGUGUGGGAGCCGAGGGGAGUCUGGAUGAGGGGUACGACGGUCAGGACGAAGAGGACGAGCAGAAAGAGAUCAUCACAAUAAGACGGAUCACCACAAUAAGGAACUUCAGGCACGUGAUAACGCUGUGUGCUGCACACCUAACGACGCCACCAGAAGCUCCGAAACAUUACCAGGCCGUGUGCCGGGCGCUGUUCGCCGAAUCCAUGGAGUUACAAACCUUCCUGGCCAAAAUUAAAGCUACUAAAGAGAAUCUGAAGAAGAUGCAGGCACUGAACAAGGACGUGAGCUGCCAACCCAACAUGGAGCUGGAUGAGCUCAACAACUUUGAUUGGGCAUGCUUCUGGGUGCAAGUGAUGAGGGAUUUGCGGAACGGCGUGAAGCUGAAGAAGGUGCAGGAGAGACAGUACAACCCGCUGCCCAUUGAGUACCAGCUCACGCCCUACGAGAUGCUGAUGGACGACAUCCGAUCCAGAAGGUACACCCUGCGGAAAGUCAUGGUUAAUUGCAACGUUCCACCAAAAUUGAAGAAAAGUGCUCACGAAAUUAUCCUGGAUUUUAUCCGCUCUCGUCCUCCGUUAAACCCUGCAUCUGCCCGGAAACUGAAGCCAACCCCUCAUCGGCCCCAAAGCCUUCACGAAAGAAUAUUAGAGGAGAUCAAGUCCGAGCGGAAGCUACGGCCCGUGUCGCCUGAUGAGAUCCGGCGGAGUCGACUCGUAAGGAGGCCAAUUAGCUUUUCUCACAGUUUUGACUGGUCAGACGUGUCAACCGCGGAGAGGAGCAGAAAGGACCUGUCCCCCCUUGUGGCCAACGGCGUGCUGAUGUCUCAGACUACUGAACAUGACCAUUGCGCUGUGCACGUUCAGAGGAAGAAGUUGCUGAAGGCACCGACGCUGGCUGAGAUCGACAGCUCUGACUCCGAGCAGGAGGAUCGAAUUAAGAUGGUGAGAAGCAGUUCCAGCGGAUCAACGUUCAAGGUGGAAGAGAGCUCGCCUGAGACGCCGAAUGGCAAGAAAACUCCACCAAUGUUCCUGCCCAUCUCCUCCACUCCGCAGCCCGAGCGACGGAAAGCGCCGCAGAGGCGGCACUCCAUCGAGAAGGAGACGCCGACCAACGUGCGCCAGUUCCUUCCUCCCACCAGGCAGAGCUCCAAGUCUCUGGAGGAGUUUUGUUACCCAGUCGAGUGCCUGGCCCUGACUGUGGAGGAGGUGAUGCACAUCCGACAGGUCCUGGUGAAAGCGGAACUGGAGAAAUACCAGCAAUACAAAGAAGUCUACAUGGCCCUGAAGAAGGGGAAGCUGUGUUUCUGCUGCCGGACAAAGAGGUUCUCCAUUUUCACCUGGUCGUACACCUGCCAAUUCUGCAAAAGACCGGUGUGUUCACAGUGCUGUAAGAAGAUGCGGUUGCCGUCCAAACCCUACAGCAACCUCCCCAUCUUUUCCCUGGGACCGUCGACCUUGCCGAAAGAGAGCAAAGUACCGAAAGCAGAGAAGGCUCCGAGCAGCCGACGUCGGCACGAGGGGCAGCACAAGGGUCUCGCCAGGUCCCCCUACGUAUCCAAACCCUCUGAGAAGUCGGCUGAUAACCUGGAGUUUCCCAAAGAGCUGAUGGAGGACUGGAGCACGAUGGAAGUUUGUGUUGACUGUAAGAAAUUUAUUUCGGAAAUCAUCAGCUCCAGCCGCCGGAGCCUGGUCUUGGCCAACAAACGAGCCCGGUUAAAACGGAAAACCCAGUCCUUUUAUAUGUCCCCCACCAGCACCCUGGAGUUCCGAUUGGCAACACCAAAGGAGCGAACUAUAAAAGAGGUUUAGACUUGUGCCUUUUUAAUUUCUCCCCUCUUCCUGAAGUUUUGUUUUGGACUGCCAUCGCCGAAAGAAAUAAUUGUACACAUAAAAUACAAGAAGGUGAAGUGACCGUGCUGAAAUCCCACGUGUGUAACUUUCACCUGUAAACAAAAGGAUUGAUCUCUAUGGACAUAUCAUUGUGAAGGGGUCUUAUUGAAGAUGAAAUAAUGUAAGUUACCUGUAUAUAAUUGUAAUAUAUUUUAUUAAUAGUCGAUUUGGGCCCUACUGACAUUGUUGUGGGCAUCUUAUUCCCACUUACAGCAGUUGAAAAUUGAUAACGUAUGAUAUUUAAUCUGUGCAGUGUAAUCCUGCAAUAUACUACAGAUGGACAUAGAUUAACGUGCAACAUCUUCUGAAUAAUCUUAUGCGAUUGUGUUUUUAAAGUAUGGUUCGUGUCUCUAGACUAGUGAGGAAGAUUGUUUUUGGAUCUGAUGGACACUGGGGGCUCACUUUUCUAUGAAUUGAAGAAGUCAUUUUAUGUUUAACGUGGACAAUGUCGGAAUUAUCACGUUGAUCACUGGUAAUGCUCCAAAUAAUUGUCAGUAUUUGUCAGACUGGCGGUGGACGCUUGCUAAAUGCCACCUUACACAAGACAAGUUUUGCACUUAGAUGAAGUAUUUGCUUCAUGCCCUUUUUAAAAAAAACCCAACUAAUUUUGAUUUUCUUCCUGACUGUAGCAUUGUGAGCAGUUACCAAUUCAGCUAAUCAGGCAUGAUGCAACAGACCCAUUACCGACCCAAGUAUUGCCUUUCCGCACUGUCUCUGUGGUUCCCAGCCUGAGCACUUAAGGAAUAGGUUGCCACAAUCUCCUUACUCUUUCAUUCCUUCCUCUUACCGCUCACCCCGUUUCCCCUCCGCUCCCCAACUUGUGCGCCUGGAUGUGUUGCAAUAUAUAGUUUCUAAAUUAUAUUAUAGAGCUGAUGUGAACAAGAUUGCCAUUCAGUUCACUUGACCCAUCGAGACUCCUGUAUGUAGACACGAGGAACUGCAGAUGCUGGUUUAUUGCUGGCUCCUGUGGCUCCUGUUUGUUCCUUGUAAAUGCAUUGACUGUUCAAGUGUUCAUUAAAAAAAACACUGUAAUCUUUAUUGAGCCUAUUGUCUGUCAUUUAGCAGUUCACAAGUUAUAGGAGCAGAAUUAGGCCAUUCGGCCCAUCAGCUCUACUCUGCCAUUCAAUCAUGGACGAUCUAUCUUUCCAUCUCAACCCCAUUCUCCUGCCUUUGUGGUGAAGGGAUUCUCACUGUGUCUGCGGGCCUGCGUACAACUUUUCCAACCUGGGUGUAGGGAGUGGUCAGCCUCCAGGUACACGUGAACAUGUGACAAAUGCUGGAGUUUAUUAACAGCCUAGUUGAUGUUCGAAUUGCAAGCUAAUCAUGGUUUCCUUAUUAAAAAUCUCCUAUUGGUA